GGAUGGUGUACCUGGGGAAAGACACGACUGGUGAGAACAUCGCUGAGUCCCUGGUGGCCGAAGGACUCGCCUCCCGUCGGGAAGGGAUCCGGGCCAACAACCCCGAGCAGAGCCGGCUGGCAGAGCUGGAGGAGCAGGCCAAGAGCGCCAAGAAGGGGAUGUGGAGCGAGGGCACGGGGUCCCACACCGUGCGGGACCUCAAGUACACCAUCGAGAACCCCCGGCACUUCGUGGACUCCCUGCACCAGAAACCAGUCAAUGCCAUCAUCGAGCACGUGCGGGACGGCAGCGUGGUGAGGGCCCUGCUGCUGCCAGACUACUACCUGGUCACCGUCAUGCUCUCGGGCAUCAAGUGCCCCACGUUCAAGCGCGAGGCCGACGCUCCCGAGGUCCCGGAGCCGUUUGCGGCUGAGGCCAAGUUCUUCACGGAGUCCCGGCUGCUGCAGAGGGAUGUGCAGAUUGUCCUGGAGAGCUGCCACAACCAGAACAUCCUGGGCACCAUCCUGCACCCGAACGGGAACAUCACGGAGCUGCUGCUGAAGGAGGGCUUUGCCCGCUGCGUGGACUGGUCCAUCGCCGUGUACACCCGCGGGGCCGACAAGCUGCGCGCGGCCGAGAGGUUCGCCAAAGAGCGCAAGCUGAGGAUCUGGAGGGACUACGUGGCCCCCACGGCAAACCUGGAUCAGAAGGACAAGCAGUUUGUGGCCAAGGUGAUGCAGGUGCUGAACGCCGACGCCAUCGUGGUGAAGCUCAACUCUGGGGACCACAAAACCAUCCACCUGUCCAGCAUCCGACCCCCGCGGCUGGAGGGGGACAGCGCACAGGACAAGAACCGGAAGCUGAGACCCCUCUAUGACAUUCCCUACAUGUUCGAGGCCCGGGAAUUCCUGCGCAAGAAGCUCAUCGGGAAGAAGGUGAACGUGUCCGUGGAUUACAUCCGCCCUGCCAGCAGUGCCACCGAGACCGUGCCCGCCUUCUCCGAGCGCACCUGUGCCACCGUGUCCAUCGGCGGAAUCAACAUCGCCGAGGCGCUGGUGAGCAAAGGCCUGGCCACGGUGCUGCGGUACCGGCAGGACGACGACCAGCGCUCGGCACACUACGAUGAACUGCUGGCGGCCGAGGCGCGGGCUAUCAAGAACGGGAAGGGGUUGCACAGCAAGAAGGAGGUGCCGAUUCACCGGGUGGCCGACAUCUCCGGGGACACGCAGAAGGCGAAGCAGUUCCUGCCGUUCCUGCAGCGCGCCGGCCGCUCCGAGGCCGUGGUGGAAUACGUGUUCAGCGGCUCCCGCCUGAAGCUCUUCCUGCCCAAGGAGACCUGUCUCAUCACAUUCCUGCUCGCAGGCAUCGAGUGCCCGCGGGGUGCCCGGAACCUGCCGGGGCUGGCACAGGAGGGGGAGCCCUUCAGCGAGGAGGCCACGCUGUUCACCAAGGAGCUCGUGCUGCAGCGGGAGGUACGGCGGGACCGGCGGGAUCGGUGGGAUCAGCGGGAUCGGUGGGAUCGGUGGGAUCGGCGGGAUCGGCGGGAUCGGCGGGAUCGGUGGGAUCGGCGGGAUCGGCGGGAUCGGUGGGAUUGGUGGGAUUGGUGGGAUUGGUGGGAUUGA